UGUGUGUGUGUGUGUGUGUGUGUGUGUGUGUGUGUGUGUGUGUGGUGUGUGACAGGCUUUAUAUAGCUGCAGUUAUCCAGGAAGAAGGAAUGCCCUGCAUGCCAGUGACCAUAUUUGAAGCUUGUGUCUGCUCCCGGCAGACUGCAGACCGUAACUUACGCGCACUCAAACACUCACUUCUCCUUCAUGCUGAACUCUGCGUGUGUGUGUGUGCGUGUGUGUAUGCAAGCUCAUACUCGGCCUUGUAGUUACACCGGAUCACCACCAUCAGGCAAUCACUUUCUGGCUUCUUCUCCCUGACAAUCUGUUCUGCUGACUGACAACAUCCACUCCGACCCCGUGGAGGGAACCGCUGCCUCUCCUUAGAUCUUAUCCUCCAGUCGCUCCUGCUGAUCCAAGACUUGUAUACAUCUGGGAUAACGGGUCGGCGGAUUGAGAGUUUCAACUUUUAGGGAUUUGUGUGUGUGUGUGUGUGUGUGUUCGUGUGUGUGUAUGAGUGCGUCUGAGUGUGUGUGAGUCAGUAUGCCAUGUCGUCCCCUGGCUCGUCGUUUGUGCAGAUAAAGCACGAGGACUUGCUCUACUAUGAGAACUGUGGCGGCGGCAGCUUCGGGAGCGUCUACAGAGCCCUCUGGAUUUCCCAGGACAAGGAAGUAGCUGUGAAGAAGCUUCUAAAGAUCGACAAGGAGGCUGAGAUUCUCAGCGUACUGAGUCAUAAGAACAUCAUUCAGUUUUAUGGAGCCGUGCUGGAAUCUCCCAACUAUGGCAUUGUCACAGAAUAUGCCAGUGGAGGGUCUCUGUAUGAGUACCUCUCCAGUGAGCAGAGUGAAGAGAUGGACAUGGAGCAGAUCAUGACGUGGGCCAUACAAAUAGCCAAAGGAAUGCAUUACCUCCACGCAGAAGCUCCGGUCAAAGUGAUUCACAGAGACCUCAAGUCACGAAACGUGGUUAUGACGGCAGAUAAAGUGCUGAAGAUCUGUGACUUUGGAGCGUCAAAGUUUUUGUCUCACACCACUCACAUGACGGUGGUGGGCACUUUUCCCUGGAUGGCUCCAGAAGUCAUCCAGAGCCUGCCCGUCUCGGAGACCUGCGACACAUAUUCCUACGGCGUGGUGCUCUGGGAGAUGCUGACUCGGGAGGUUCCCUUCAAGGGGUUCGAAGGGCUCCAGGUUGCGUGGCUGGUGGUGGAAAAACAAGAGCGGCUGACCAUCCCCACCAGCUGUCCGGCAAGUUUCGCGGAGCUGAUGAGGAAAUGUUGGCAAGCGGAUCCAAAGGAGCGUCCGCAGUUCAAGCAGGUGCUCGUGACCCUGGAGACGAUGGCGAAUGACAGCAGGCUGCCGGACCAGUGCAACUCCUUCCUGCAUCACAAGGACCAGUGGAGGUGUGAAAUCGAGUCGACCCUGGAGCGCCUCCGGAAGCUGGAGAGGGAGCUUUACUCCAAAGAGAAGGAGCUGGAGGAGAGGGAGAGGAGGCUCAGACUGUGGGAGGAGAGGCUGAUGGAGCGGUCCAACAUGACUCCCAGUCCGACGUCUCUACUGAUGGAGCGCUCCAACAUCUCACCUUUCUUCACUCCGAUGUCCAUCGGCUCCUCCGGCUCGUUCUUCCGCUCACACUCUCAGGACUCCAACAGCGCGGCGGUCAGCAGCGCCGGUGUCAGCUGCCUCCUGCGCACACUCAGCAACGGAGACACCGAGAGGGGGGGCGGCGGCGCCGGCCUGGAGAGGGGGGUGGGCUCACUCGAAGGCGGGAGGUUCCACGCCAUGCUCCGAGGGCUGCAGGGCAGGUUCGGAGAGGAGGACGAGGAGGAGGAAGGCACCGUGGAGGAGAAGGGCUGGGGGCAGAGGGACAGGGACGACAGCGGGAGUCUGGAGGGGGGGCGGGUGCAGGUGACGCUCAGGAGCUUCCCGGGAGGCGUGGUGGAGCGGGAGGAGAGGACCUGGGAGGAGGGGGACAGGGAGAGGGGGGGCAUGCAGAGGAGCAGGGUGACCACUAUAGUGCGAGGGUUCUCCGGCGGGUUUGGAGAGACAGAGGGGGAGAGGGACAAAGAGGGGGGGUGGGAGAUAGAAAAACUAGAGGACAAGAGCCUGGAGGGAAGUCUUGAGGGUGGGAGACUCCCGGCCAUGUUUAAGGGUCUCCAGGGCAGCAUGGGGGGCUUGGGGGACAUGCUGUCUCUAGAUAUGGAUGAAAUGGGUGAGGACAUAGACAUGAACAUGGGCGACAUGGGAGUGAUGAAAGUUAUGGGUCACGGCGUCCGGAGCGAGCUGGGGGUCAGGGGUCGCAGGGGGGACAUGGGGGUUGUGGUGCAGGGGGUGCGAGGCGACCUCAGCGAGGCCAUCAGCCAGAAAAUCCGAGGCGAGGUGGGCGUACUGGGCCACUCCGGGGUGCAGGUGAGCAUGCGGGCGUCGUCCAAUCAGAACUCUGUGAAGAGCUGCAGCGUGCGACACGGAACCAAGAUCAACAUGGCCACCGCGGCCAUGGACAUGAUGGAGCUCGACUGGUCCGACAGUGACUAGGAAACACUUUAGCAGACUCACACAUAGAAAUCCACACAGAGGCCAAAAAAACCCAGAAAAGAUUCAGACUCGGCACAUUUAGUGUCGUUACGUGUAGAACAACCUCCGGUUGAAAAACAGCUGGCAAUCAUUUUGAUUUUUUUAAUUAAAAGGAAACAACUUCACCAGUGGGUUACGUUGAAGUAGGAAGGAGCAAACAGACUUAGAGGUUGUCUAGCAAAAGUUGUCAGAAUGACUUCACCUGUGUAAUUUAAUGUGCUAUUAAAACCGCUGCAUAACAUACUGUAAGAGGUACAAGUGUUACAGAACGACACACUUGAACGCCGCUCUAAUGAGGCAGCACUGUCUAUUGUUUUCCUCCUGCUUAUCCUGUAGUUUGUAGAUUUGGUUGGUUCAAAAACGUGCUUUGACUUUUAUCAGUUCUAACUGUGACCCUAGUGUGUGAAUUUUUGGCAUUUCUCUGUAUAUUUUAUCAUUUUUCAAUAAAAAGACGAAAAUCUGU